AUGUUUGAGCGUAUUUUAGAGCAAAACAUGAAUUCAUCUCAACUAAGGCUUCAAAAUCCAAUUUUCACGGAUUUGUAACUUUUCAGGAAGAAUAGCUAGAGACAACGGUCUCGGCUUGACGAUCCACUCCCUUGUGGACACCGACGUCGGCAUAUACCAAUGUGUUUUGACUCGUUUCACCAAACAGCCCACUAAGCCAGAACAUGGGUCGACGGUGAAGGUCGUCGUGAAUGGUGAGAUCGACCAAACUCUGACGUCAUUUUCAUUGAAAUAAUGCUGUACAAAAACCACCAAACUCAUUUACUUCUAAUGCUGAGAAGGUUAAAAAUUCUUAAAACCGAAUCUCAUAACUCGAGUUUUUUUUUUCUCAGAUUUUUCGAGCAAAAAACCUUCAAGAUAAAAACGAGUGCCGACCAAUGAAAGACCUUGGAAAUGGCAAAAAAAUGGCGAACGAUCGGAUCUCUUUCCUUUUGAAUCUCAGAAAAAAACUGGGCGACAUCUUCUAUCGAACCUUUGCAUCAUUUUUUCGAUGAAAGAAAAACUGAUUCAUGAAUUGAUUCAGUUUCAAAAAUGUUCAUCAUCAGAUCGCAUUUGGAUUAUAGAAACAUUUAUAACUUUUAGUUUCUCCGCGAAUAACUCAUCCCAUAAAUGACGACGUUGUUUUUCGAAAUAUCGGAUCAGAAGUCUCGAUUGAUUGCCGUGCCGAAGGAGCACCGCCGCCUGAAAUCACAUGGUCAAAAGUAUUCAUUUCUUGUCGACCUUCUCAGUGAUGUUGCAAAUUUUUGCAGAACGACAAAAUCAUAAGCGUUUCGCCAGUUCUUCAAAUAUCAAACCUGACGGAGAGCGAUAAGGUUUGAGAAGGAAUUCUGAGAAUUGAUGAAACUACCCGUUCAGGGUCGCUAUACGUGUCUGGCGGCUAAUAUCGAAGGUCGCAGCACAUCUACCGUCGACAUAAAGUUCACAAGUGAGAGUCUUGCGUCUAGGAAAGUAUCUUUACUUCGAACUUGUAGAAGCGACGACGCUGGAUUUAGUUCCAACCAACAAAACGGUUGUGGAAGGAGCCAAUAUUUUUUGGCAUUGUCAUGCUAACAAUCAACCUGAGGCCAUUGUAUACAACUGGCUCUUUGAAAAUAAACCGAUAAAGACAACUCCAGCCGGUUUAAGAGCGAGUAUUCGGGUAAUAAUCAGGUUCAAAUUAGGAAUAACGUUUUAUUUUUAGACGGGAGACCUGUCUUUGCAAGACGUUCGGAAAACAGAUUCGGGAUGGUAUACUUGUGAAGUUCGCAACUCUAGAGGAGAAAUGACACAUUCUUCCGCUUUCUUGCAUGUUUAUUGUAAGUUUCAAGUUUGAUAACUUUAUUUUUAGUGUUUCUUAUCAAAAAAUUUCCCAAUAUUUUUUCCUACCACCGGAACCUCUUAAUCCACUUUCGCUAUAUCGGGCUUCCUUUUUAUGGGCUAAGUCGUCAGAUGUCACUUUUCUUCUCGUCAGCGUACUUUCUUUUCUUGUCGGGAGUGGUGGAAGUAGGGCGAAUUAAUCUCUAAAUUACAUUGACAUGGAUUCGGGCUUGUGAAAGCGUUCCUUCGCUAAGACACUGUUCAAAAAAACAGAAGAGAAAGCGGAAGUGAAAACUUGAGGGAUUUCAGACGCUCCCGAGGCGUCGGCCUCCCAUCAGCCAGUCCAAACAAUCGCCUCCGGUAAAGAUGCAACUGUCGUUUGUGACGUCGAGGCUGAUCCGAUGCCAAGCUUGUACACUUGGUCAAAAAACGGACACUUUCACACAACUACGAUGGAGGUUAUUUUUCCCUAAAUACUUUCUCAUUGUUUUUUUUUUGAUUAUUUCUUAAAAAGCUUGCUAAUCAUGAAAGCAUUUUUUAAAGAUUUCAGAGAAAAUAAUAUUUUUCGAAGCUUUUUCUUAGCUAAAAUUUAUGUCAGUAAAAUAUGUGCUUCAGUUAAAUUAACUUUUUCUGAGCAGCUUUUUAACCUGAAAACCAGGUUUUUUUAGGACCUCAAAAAGCUAUUUUUUUGUUGGAAAAAGGAUUCUUUAAAUGAUAGGAAAUAGAUAACAUUGAAAAAAAUUCUAGAAUAACUUUUUAAAAAAAGGGUAAAAAACCAAAAAAAAAAAAUUCGAUAAGGAUUGCUUUCCGGAGUUCAUAUGGAAAUUCAAAAAAAUUGCUUUUUUGAAAAUUGGAACCAGUGAUUUUAAGAAAAGAUAAACAGUAUUUUAUGGGCUUGAUUUCUAUAAUUUCGUCCCAACAAUGAAAAACCUUGAAGUCUAUUUCACAGAGAGCUCUGAAAAUUCAAAAUUCUCGGCCUGGAGAUGGGGGAAUAUACGGCUGCCAGACGGAAAAUAUUGCUGGAAAAAGUUUGGUCAUCGAAACGCAUGUUAUUGUGGCAGGUCAGUUCAUUUUUUUCCCAAGAUUGAGACAAACUUCAAGGGGUUUGUACUUUUAAGAGCCUCCGGUUUUUGCUGUCCGUCCUCCUAGUGAACUAAGAGUUCGACAGUCAGAAGCUGUUCAAGUGCCUUGUGAAGGUUUCGGAGAUCCUUUGCCCAUUGUAUAUUGGGUCCGGAACAAGGUUGGAAAUUUUUGUUGUAGUUGAAAUUUUGUCUUUUUUUUAUCUCAGAAGAGAAUAUCAUCUAAUGUUCUGAAGUUUCGCUCAAUAUCUCACGAGGACCAUGGAAUAUACGAAUGCGUGGUCAACAACUCUGUGGAAACUCUUUCUUCAAAACUCCUCAUUUUUGUUGAUGUGAGACUCAAUUUCUCAAUGAGGAUUCUUAAUAAGUCUGUUUAUCAGAGUACCAAGCCACAGCCUAUCAGUGAAGUGAAAAUUUCGUGCCCGAAUCCAACUUCAUUUCUAGUCGAAUGGACUCCAGGUAUAAAUUUUUGAAUUCUCCAGCUGCAACUGAUAUUUUCUGAGAAAAUUUCCUUAGAAACAUCAGUUGCGGCUAGCUAUUAGGACAAUCAGUUACUAGAAAUAGCGCGAUUUUUUUGAAAAUAAUACUUUUUUUCGUCAUUAAAUUAUAAUUAUAGUGGAUAAAAAGAAAAAAAAAUAUUUAAGCGUAAAAGACAAAAAGCCCAUCUGCCAUGCUUUAAACUCAUUUUUUGGUAUACAUUUUCAGAUUGAGAAAGGAAACAAGCCAAAAAUCAAAAAAUCAAAACGAAACUUGCAGGCUACGACGGAGGCUUUCAACAAACUUUUGCCGUUCACUUGGAAAAUACUCUAACUUUCUCUGGAAGAACUAUUACAACGGCUUCCAAUUCAACUAUAAUUGAUAAUCUUGAUCCAUUCACUCAAUAUCGGAUAACCCUAGAAAGCAGAAAUAUUAAAGGGGCGUCCAAUUCGACGGCACAUGUCAAAAAUAGUGAGUUCUCCGUCAUAUUCUUUUACUCUAAGUUCCUCAAAUAUAAUCGAAUUUAAAGGUUGUUCCACAUUGCGAGCUCCCAGUCGAGUAGUAACGUGCGGAGUGGACGAGGUUUGUUGGACUCCUGUGGAAGAAGCCAACUCCUACCGCGUUGAAGUGAAGCCUCAAGGGUCCAGAGAUUUCAGACCAUUGGUAUAUCUAUCAAAAGUUCUUGAUUAAUCGAGUCUUCUCACAGGCUGAAGUUUUCGAAGAAUACUAUCGUUUUGGUCCGGAAGGUGAGGCCAGCUCUUCUUUCGACGUGAGAGUCAGAAGCAUCCGACCAGCAUACAACCCCAGCGGACCGAGUCCUAUCGUGCACAUGAGUAGAGCUUCCGGUGUGUUCUCUUUUCAAAGCAACGCAAGUUCUUUUACAGAUAAUUUCGAAGCUUCUCUACUUUUCACACUUUUUGGCGGCUUUUUCUUUUUUCUCUUCAUUUUCUGUCUUUAUUUUGGAUUCCGUUGUCAUCAAAGAAAAUGCUCGAAAAAGAAGAAAAAGCACAACCGAGGAUCUUCUCCAUCUUCAAACGACUUCGGAUUUAAAAGUGCAUAACUCUUAUCUUGUUUUUAUUUUUCAAUUUAAUUCAGGCGUCGCAUCGAGUCAGCCUGGAACUGAAACUUUUUACGAACCUUCUUUGAGAUUGUGAAUCAACUUUUUUUUUCUCUCUCUUCAUUACAUUUUUUUCAGACUUGAUGAAGCAGAAAGCGAAUGGAAAGGACCUAGAGAUGAAACACUCCGAUUGCACUAUCCUCAGGUUAGAUGGGUUUUUUGAAGAAAAGAAGGCACCAAAACUCCAUUUUCAGUCACUGAUCGAGUACGAGUACGAAAUCGGAGAUGAAAUGACUGCUCCAGUAGACGACAUGUUGCGAGACAAAUACAUCUAUGGAGCGCAGGACUUUCCGCCGCAACUUUUUAAUGAUCUUCGAAUUGAACGUCUGAGACGAGAAUUCAAGCAAUCACAGUUAUAA